GUCCCUGGACCGGCUCUGUAGGCUGAUGCUGCCAGGACCACACGCUGAUUACUGAACACAGCCCCGGGGGGAGGAGUCAGCGAGGCUCCGCCCCGCCCCAAGUGUCAGCCCAGCGGAGUGGAUUCAGGACCGCCAGCACUUGGACAGCUCCUGAAGUGUGGUCGGUGCGGCGGCCGCUCUCCUCUCCGGUCCUCUCUGAUCCUCUCCUCCCGAUGACUAUGGCCGACGUCCAGCAAGGGGAGAAGCAGCUCUUCGAGAAGUUCUGGAUGGGGACUUUUAAAGCCGUGGCCACCCCGCGGAGGGAAAGCAUCAUCUUUGCCAGCAUCACCUCUCGGAGUCGGAAGUCCUUAGCCAGUGAAGAAGUGAAGAGUUCACUAUCUGCUGACCAAGAGGAUAAAAAACACAAGAAGCAGAAUGGAGAUGUGGAGAAUGGGUGUGCAAAAUUACAGCAUGGGAGAGCACUUAGCCCACGCCAGCACCAUAGCGAUUGCCUCUCAGAAGCUGGAAAAGUUAGCCCAUCCCCACCUCCUAAAGCCAAAAAGAAGAAGAAAAAAUCAGAACGCAAAAAGAGAAAAAGGUCUCAGUCCUAUAGUCCUUCCCCAGUGAAAAAAAAGAAAAAGAAGAGUUCCAAGAAGCGGAAGAGAAACAGGUCUUCCUCCAAGAAACGAAGACAUGGCUCAUCCAGUCCAAAAAAUAAAAGAAAACAAGUCAGGAAGCACAGAAAGCACUCUCGCGGGAGGUCACGAAAAUCUCACCACCAUCAUCAUCGGCAUUCUCGCUCAGUAAGUUCUGAGUCCAGAUUUUCAAGCUUUGAAAACAGACCACGGGAGCAGUCAAGAGAAAAAAAACAUCAAUCAAAAAGAAAAAAGCACAAAUAUCAUCAUUCUAGGUCUGUAAAUAAGAAGCAGAAAGAAGCCCCCCCUCUGUCUGCAAAAAACAGCACAUACUCCACCAAGAUGACAAUUUCCCAAUCCAUCCCCAGCCUUUUGGUCACAGCACAGAGUAAUGGAGGCUGUCGGAAGGAAGUCACAAACGAGUAUGACUCGGGAAAUGAGAUGUGCUCUCCUCCCUCAACGCAGUCAAGCUCAUCUGUGUUGAAGCUCAGUCAGGAAAAAGAAAGCCCGCCCCAUCAGGGUUUUGGACAUGUCCCAUCCUCAGUAAAGACCCCUAAUGGCCACAGUGACAACAUCUCGGAUUCAGGAAAUUCAUCAGCCAGUUCCUUUUCUUUUACCAAGGAAUCGUCAGUCCCUUUGGGAGACUCUCUGAUGAAGGCUAAGAGAGAUCUGUCCUCUUGUCUGGGCUGCCUGGGGGAACACAAGAGUGUAUCAGCCUUAUCGCCUGAUAGAAACUCUUUACGUAGCCGUCGUUCAAGCUCAUCAUAUAGGAGCACCAGGAGCAGGAGGUCUUACUCCCGCAGCUCAAGUCAUUCCAUGAGCUCUUAUUCGUCAUAUUAUAGAUCUUCUUCAAACAGAAGGUCACGAAGCAGGUCAAGCUCUUCAGGGGCAAGGUCAUACUCAAGAUCUCCAAGCUAUUCCUCCAAGUCUGGCAAGAAAAGUAAUAGAAGCAGAAGCUCCCAUUCCCGACGGAGUCCAAGUUAUUCUCGCUACAGCCCUAGCAGAGACAGAAGCAGCAAGUACAAUGCUACAGAAAAUGGGCCACGCAAAGGACCUCACAGAACGAGGCGAAGCUCAUAUUCCCCUAUGAGAAAACGCAGGAGAGACUCCCCAAGCCAUUUGGAGGCAAGAAGGAUUACAAGUGCUCGUAAACGCCCCAUCCCAUACUACAGGCGUAGUCCAUCUUCCUCAAGCAGCGCGAGUAGCGUUCCAUCUUGGUACAGUCCCCAAAGCAGGUCCAGAAGCCGCAGUUCCAUUAGCAACAGGAGCAGUCGAAGCAGGAGCCAUAGCAGUAGGAGGAGCCGCAGCAGGGAAUGGAAGAGAAGUAGGAGCCGAAGUUCAAGCUGGAGCCAGAGCUCUGACUCUUGUGACAGCAUAAGGCGCUGAGACGUAUGUCUGACUGCAAGAGCUUUCUCAUCAUAUUAAAGAAGCUCUGUAGCAGGGCUGUUCAAAUGCAUAUUCAAACAUUCAUUUCCACUGGUAUUUAAUAGCUUCUGAUAAUCAGAUAAAUGGCAGUUUCCAUCUCUAUAACUUUCUACUAUAAGUUAAGGAGCUGACUAGGGAAAGCAGAAGAGGUGUUAAAAAUUCCUAGUACCUUUGUACUGAUUGUUACUGAAGUCAUCCCACACAAUUGAGAAUUAAAGCAUCCAAGCUCUGGAAUUCAAAGCACCUGUUACUCUCUUGAAGACCCAUGACUUUCUGACACUCUGUGGAAUGGCAAGCAUGUGACUUUGUCACUGUUCAGAUGCUAGAUGUCAAAUCACCAGUUAGCCAUGGGUGCCAUCAGAGCCUCUGAAACCCAAUACUAUCUCCAUAUACUACAAAUCAUCUCUGACAAUGCAAACCAGGUUUACUCCGAUGAAUUGUUUAAGCAAAAGCAAUUGCAGUGUUAAGAAUGGUUUACUCCCCGAAGAUACAGCAGCUGUUAAGCAUGGAAAUCACAGCUAGAAAAAUAAAUAUUCCCAUCCAUCCUGGUUCCUCUGACCUUUAUAAGAAAUGUCUUGUUUGGAUAACUGAAAGGCAGGCUAGCGCAAUAUCUAAACCAAGCUGUAAUUUUCUCAUACAACGAUAUAGAGAUUGCUACCCACCUAAGCAGCAUCAAAGCCCUGUGAUUUUGUCAUCAGAUUUACGAUAAAGUUUGAAGAUGUUUGGACAUUUUACCGGAUUUAUUCCAUUCUCUCAUUCUCAUACUUGUAAAAGAAGAUAAUGGAUAUACAAUAAUUCGGAGGUUGGAUAGCAAGUGCUGAAACUCCUAAUUUAUAUUUCUUUAAUGGGUAUUGCUAUAUAUUUAUGUAUUUAUUUUUGUUAUUUAUUAUAAUUUAUACUGGUACUGGUAUUCAAAUAU